AUGUUUAAGUUAACUCUCAUAGGCAAAAUCACGUUUAUUUCUAUCAUAUUGCAAGCGAUAAUAAUCACCGUCUUGGAAGCUUUUGUUAUUUAUUUUCAUGUUAAUUUUGUUAAACAAUAUCAAUUGACUCCACAAGGUGAUGGAAUAUCUGAGGCAGACUUAAUUUACCAUGCAAUAUUUAUCCUCUCGCUAUUCUUCCAAAUACUUUUAGCAGCUGAUGCUCUCUGGCAUCGCAAUACUGUUCAGAUAAUAGCCCUUGUCAUGUUCAAUUUCCUUUCAUUAAUUUAUGCGGGAAUACAACUUUAUCAACACCAAAUCCUUGAGGACGAGGGAACUAUAGGCGCAAAGUAUAAACCAGAUACAUCUCUUUUUUCUAUAAACGACCCGGAAGCGCCAAAAAUAUAUUAUCAAGCCAGGAUGCGGCCACUCGAACAUACUAUUAUUGGGCUAAUAUCAGGAUUUUCAGUAUAUUUGGCAUUCAUGUCUUAUUUGCUCUCCAAAGAAUUUGGUUGGGAAAACUAUAAAACUUAUUCCGCUGAUCUUCUGGUUCGCAACACAUAUUUGUACCUCACAGUUUUACAGACGUUGAUUAAAAUGGAUGUGUUCUUUAUUGGAUCAUACGCUUUACAGCUUAUACCUUCUCAACAAAUUGGUUAUUCAUAUAGUAUUAUAGAAGUUGCCCUUGUCUUUUUUUUUGGCACUCUCAUGUUGCUGCUUGCUUGGUUCUCAGUCACCAUGGAACUGAAAUAUCUCUUAUUAUCGGUGAUCAAUAUUUAUUCUCUCUCAUUGAUUUAUUGGGUAUAUCGACUGGUAACAGUUAACAUUAAAACUUCGACAGAUGGAACUGAUCCAUAUCAAUUCACUCGACGGUUCCUAAGCUUCUUUUUAGCUACAACAUUCGCACUUGUAGCAUUUACUGUAUUUUAUUCCGUCGUUUGUUUUCGAAACAUGAUGCGUGGAAUUUAUGUACUUACGGUAUUUGGACAGCCUGAAAAUGAAGUCGAAGGUAGAAGUCCAUAUUUAGGCGUAGACAAUUUAUCAACUCAAUCACCCCAAUUUAUGUCAAAGAGACAAAGUGCAAUUAUUCAACAACAGCGAUUACGAGCGCAAGAACCCAAA